AUGGCUGGCCUCAGUUUCGAUCACUAUAAACGCAACCAGCACUUGGCUGCUAAAGGCGUUGCUACUCAGAAGUUCACGUCCACGGGAACAACAAUUGUCGGCUGUAAGUUUGACAAGGGUGUAAUCAUUGCUGCCGACACCCGCGCCACCGCCGGCAUGAUUGUGGCGGAUAAAAAUUGCGCCAAACUGCAUCGCCUAGCGCCAACUAUUUGGUGUGCCGGUGCCGGAACCGCCGCAGAUAACGACAAAGUUACCGAGCUCGAGAGCUCCAAUCUGGAAUUGCACUCUCUUUGGACCGGUAGAGCUCCUCGGGUAGUGACCGCGCUCACUCACCUCAAGCAGCACCUAUACAAAUACCAGGGCCAUAUUGGCGCUCAUCUUAUCUUGGCAGGUACAGACCCUACUGGCGCCCAUUUGUUUUCCAUUCACGCUCACGGUUCCACCGAUGUUGGUCCCUACAUGUCGCUCGGCUCUGGUUCGCUAGCUGCGCUGGCCGUUUUGGAAUCAAAAUGGCACGACAGCCUCACCAAGGAGGAGGCAUUGGCGCUGUGCGCUGAGGCUAUUGAGGCUGGUAUUUUUAACGAUCUUGGCUCUGGUUCUAAUGUCGAUGUUUGUGUUAUGGAAAUCGGCGAGCCCGCCCGUUUGCAACGCGGCUUCCGCAUGCCCAAUCCAAAGUCCGUCAAAUCAAGAAACUACAAGUUCGUGCGGGGCACAACUCCUUUCUUCGACCCUGAACCCCAAGAUGCUAUGGUCGUUGACGAGGUUGCCGCCUAG